CCUAGAGGCUGGUAAAAGUCUAAGCGUCCCAGCCACCCGGGUGAACAAUCGCGAGUCUUCCACGGCUCCGCGCCAUUUGGUGUCGCCGGCGUCACAGGCCGCAGACACCUGGCGGCGGGGUGAGGGCCUGGGUUUUGUAUCUCGUUAAGGGCUCGGCGGCGUUUCCUGUGCCCCGGCCUCAUUAGCACAUCGGUGGCGUCGCUUCCUGUGACUGACUCUCUCUUUCCAUCCUGGCGAAGGGGGUUGCUCCUUUUGCUCUUCUCUCGGGGUCAGAGGAAGAUGAGUUGCUCACGGAUCCUCUCCUGGGCCCCCGGGCAGCUCCCCGCCCCGGGCACCCCGCGUUUCCACCGGCGGGCAGAGGCCGUGGCCGGUCCCUGAGCCACCUCGCUCCUGGAUGCGACCUCGCCUCCCCUGGCAGGCAUUGCGGCCACGUUCAGGUAGAACCGGAACCUGCUGUUUUUGUGCGUUGUUGGGUCAACUCAGCCUGACAUUUCAGGAGUAGACACCAGCAAUUUAGGAGGAGCCAAGGAAAGUAGCAGACGUGCUGGCUGCCAAUUAUGAUUAAGAGAAGACUUAGAAGCUGAAGCCAGAGAGCAUCUCAGAGGUUCCUGAGACAAUGGGUGUCACCAACAUGACCUUUUUGGAAAUCAGAGGAAGGACCUCAGAGCCCAAAACCCUGUGGGUAACACCCACCAGCCUGGACAGAGAUACAGGCCAGAGCAACAUCAUCUUUUCCGGGUUUGCGGGAUUCCUCGGGUUUGCCAUCCUCCUGGUCUUCACAGUUUUCUGCAUCCUGUGCAGCUGGAACAAACGGAAGAAGCGGCAAGUGCCUUACCUCCAAGUCACCGUCAGGUCCCUAACUCUGCCACGACCCAGACAACGAGCCAAAAAUAUUUAUGACCUCUUGCCUCCGCGGCGAGAAGAGCUGGGGAGACAUCAGUCAAGGAGUAGCCGUGUUUUCAGUACUGAGAGCCUCCUCUCCAGAAACUCUGACAGCCCUGAGCAUGUGCCAGCCGAAGCAGGAGCUGUCCCCCAGGUGCACAGAGCCCACGUCCAUGCCAUGGAGUACGCGGUGGGUAUCUAUGACAACGCCACAGUGCCCCAGAUGUGCAGAAACCUCACUCCCUUGGCACAAUGCACCAAUGUCAGAGCUUCCAGAGACUGCACGAGCAUUUCUUCAGAGGAUUCACAUGAUUAUGUCAAUGUCCCCACAGCAGAAGAGAUUGCUGAGACUCUAACAUCCACCAACAGCCCCUCCGGAAAUGUGCUUGUUCUUCCAAGUGCCCAGGAGCUGGAGUUUGCUAAAGAAAGAGACGAGGAGUGCAGGAAUGCUGUUAACUGCACCAGUUUUUGGUCUCCCGGAACUGAGGGCAGUGAGCCACUCAGUGAUGGGGAGUGCUCUUCUCAGACCUCAAAUGACUAUGUCAACAUGACAGGGUUGGAUCUCGGGGGCAUCCGGGAGACGCAACCUCAGGUGGCUUGUCAGUGCUGCAGAGACUAUGUAAAUGUCCCACCAGCAGAUCCCAGUGGAAACCUGCAGCAGGCUGAGGCAAAAACGACAUCCUCAAACACAGACCAUGUUGAGAGCAGGACAGAUGGUCCAGGGACCCACAUCCAACCUGUCAGAAAAAGGUCCUUGGCUUCAGAGGAUUAUAUGGCCUUUCAGCCAUCCACACAGAGUGAGAACAGUCAGGUGAAACACACAGAAGAGAUGUCAGAGGAGGACUCUGAUGACUAUGAGAAUGUGCUAGCUGCUGAGCCAGGCAGCAGGGACCCUGAGCAUGGGCCUGGCACUCAGCUCCUUCCUCAUGAAUUAAAAUCCAGUUACCUGACUGGAAGGCCGCAUGGAGUGGUCUAUCCUGCCGGAUCCUUGGCCACUGCAGAGUCUAGUGAAGACCCUUGAUCACUCUAGUAUUUCAAUGCGUUCACUUGGUUAAGCCGAGAAGAGGCUGAGAUGAGUAGGGAGCUAAGAGGCUGCACAAAAGCAGAGGUUUCAGAAAGCCAGAAAGGAAUUCUUCUCAAGCAGGUGCUAUUAUCUGUCAUACCAACCUAAGAAUGUUUGCUGAAACUGCCUUGUAGAACUGUUAGGAAAUGAAAAAAUAGGAAAGUACUUUAGUGCACAGUGGGAGUAGGAAGUAGUCUUAAAAUCACUACCUUCACUGAUACCAGCAGACUGCAUAGCAAGCGUAUAGAUUAUUUUAUGAUCUAAGCAGAGGCCAAAAGAAAGGAAGAAGUUGGGGUGGGGUGGGUGGAGAAUUGCCAUUUUAAAAAGAGUAUGGACAACCAAUUGCUGCUUGGGAUAUGAAACAACAGGAACUCUCACGUGUUGCCAGUGGGAUUGCAAAGCGUAACAGCCACUUUGGGAAACUGUUCAACAGCAGUUUCUUAUAAGCAUAUACUUAUCAUACGACCCAGCCAUUCCACUACGAGGAAUUGAUCCAAGUGAACUGAAAACUUACAUUCACACAAAGGCCCACACAUGGCCGUUUAUAACGGCUUCAUUCAUAAUUGCCAAAAACUAGAAAUAACCCAGAUGUCCUUGAACAGGUGAUUGGAAAGACAAACUGUGGCUGUCCAUUCCAUGAGUUUAUCCACGCUCAACAGUAAAAAGAAAUGAACCCAACCGCUGGUUCACACAAUAUGGACAAAUCUUAAAUUCAUUUUGCUAAGUGAAAGAAGCUAGGCUAAAAGCCUACAUGUUGUAUGAUUCCAUUUAUGAGUCAUUCUGGAAAAGGCAAAACCAUAGGGAAGGAAAACAGGUCAGUGGUUGCCAGUUUGGGAAAGGAGAGUUCACUACAAACAGGCUGCACAGGGGAAUUUUAAGAUGAUGGAGCUGUUCCAUAUGGUCCUGUGGCAGUGGCUACAUGACAGUAUGCAUUUGUCAAAACCCAAAAGCUGUGUACCACAAAGAGGGACUUUUAUUGUAUGCAAAUUUUAAAAAAUUAACUAGGCUGUGGUUGAACCCAGGAUGGUAUGCAAAUUGAGACAAAUAAAUCUAAUUGUAUUACAAA